AACCAAUAAAAGUCAAAGUCCACCUAUUAUUGCUUGUAUAAGAAGUAAAAUUCCACAAAAUCAAUUGCUACUGGUUCUCAUCGCAUUGGUUUUCUGUUUUCAAUCGAUUCCUGCUAUUCUAUUUCAUUCGGGAGAAGACAUGGCUGUAGAAUUGGUGGGUGGAGCUUUUCUGUCUUCUAUGUUUCAGGCGGCGUUUGAUAGGCUGGUUUCUUCGGAGGUGGUGGACUACUUGCGAGGAAACAACAUUAGUGAUGAUCUGAUCCACGAAUUGAAGAUUGUAAUAUUAGCUGUUAAUGCAGUGCUUGAUGAUGCACAGCGGAAGCAAAUCACCAACAUACAUGUCAAGAACUGGCUGGACGAGCUAGAAACUAUUUCCUAUGAGGCAGACGAUCUCCUGGAUGAGAUUGCUACUGACGCUCGGCAAUCCGACUUGGAAGCUUCUGGUUCGAGAAAGUCUAAAAAAUGUAAGUUAUCCAACUUCAUUCUUAGUUUCUUUUUUCGCAGAUCAUAUAAUCAAGAUAUGAAAAAAAAGAUGGAGGAUAUUCUUAGAAGGUUUAAAGUUUCUGAAGAAAAAAUAACAACCCUUCGUCUCAUUAAUAAGACUCUUGGCGAGACACCAUCACCAAGACAACCGACCACAUCAUUGAUUGAAAAAUCUGAGGUCUUUGGUAGAGAUGGGGAUAAGGAGGAAAUAGUCAAUUUGUUGCUUGCAGAUGGGGGCAGCAAUAAGGUGUCUGUGAUUCCAAUAACAGGCAUGGGUGGCAUUGGCAAAACCACCCUUGCUCAAUUAGCAUACAAUGAUCACGCAGUUGAGAAGCACUUUAACCUCAAAUCAUGGGUUUAUGUUUCUGAGAAGUUUGAUAGUAUUGAGGUAACAAAAACAGUCCUCUGUGCAGUAACCGAGUCUAAUUCUGAUUCUUAUGAUGACAGAAACCUAGAUGUGCUUCAAAAUAAGUUGAAAGAGGGGCUAACGGGGAAAAAAUUCUUAAUUGUUUUAGAUGAUGUGUGGAACGAGUAUUAUAUUGGUUGGCAUGGCAUGAGAACGCUUUUGCAAUUUGGGGCUCAUGGAAGUAAGAUCAUUGUAACAGCACGCAAUAAAGAUGUUGCAGACAUCAUGGGCACUACAACUCAUUUUCAGCUUGAGCACCUGAAAGAUGAAGAUUGCUGGCAAAUUUUUCAAAAGCAUGCAUUCGACAAAAUUAGAGAUUCUUCUAGUGUAAGUCAAGUCCUAGAGAAAAUUGGUAGAGAAAUUGUCAAGAAAUGCAAGGGCUUACCUCUAGCUGCAAAAACACUUGGAGGUCUCUUGCGUUCGAAAGAAGAUGUUAGCGAAUGGGAAAGAGUAUUAAAGAGUGAGAUUUGGGAUUUCUCACAUGAAAAGAGCAAAAUUCUACCAGCUUUGUUGCUAAGUUACAACUUCCUUCCGUCACAUUUAAAGCCAUGUUUCGCUUUUUGUUCAACAUUCCCAAAGGACUAUGAAUUCCGGAAGAAUGAACUCGUUUUAUUGUGGAUGGCAGAAAACCUUUUGCCGCAAGCAAGCAUAAAUAAAAGAGUGGAAGAUGUAGGGAAUGAAUAUUUUAAUGAGUUAGUGUCUAGGUCAUUUUUUCAAAGAACAAGUAUUGGAGAAGAAUCUAGGUUUGUCAUGCAUGAUCUUGUUCAUGAUGUGGCCAGAUUUGUAUCAAGGGGAUAUUGUUUUUCAUUCGAAAGUGGCAACUCAGAUGGAAAUAUGAUAAACGUACGUCAUCUAGCUGUUGCAUCAGAUGUUUCCUUAGACAGAUAUGGUGCUAUUUCUAAAGCAAGUCAUUUGCGCUCCUUUUUAUCGACGUAUCGAUAUUCAGUCCAGACCUUAUCUAAUCAAGUGGUGAAUAAUGUAAUUUUGAAGUUUAGGCGUUUGAGAAUAUUGUCGUUGCGUUGGUGUCAAAAUUUGGAGCAAUUAAGUGAUUCAAUUGGUGAGCUUAAGCAUCUUCGUUUCCUUGACCUCUCUUGGACUUCAAUCAAAAGAUUGCCAAACUCUGUGAGUAGGUUGUACAAUUUACAAACAUUAAAGUUAUCAGGGUGCGCUAAACUCAUUGAGUUGCCUGAAGAUAUGUACCAUCUCAUCAACUUACGACACCUUGACAUCACUUACUGUCGUAAUUUAAAAGAGAUGCCGAGACAAAUAGGUGAUUUAAAAAGCCUACAAACAUUGAGUACUUUCAUCGUGGGAGAAGAUAAUGGGGCGAAAAUAGAAGAGUUGAGGGGGCUUUCAGAUCUGCAUGGAGAACUUCAUCUUCAGAAUUUACAGAAUGUUGCAAGUGCCACGGAUGCAUCGGAAGCUAGGCUGAUGGACAAGAAUUAUCUUCAAUGGGUGCAUUUGUUUUGGAAUGUCAAUGCAACUGAUGAUACAGCACAGAGAGCCCAUGCAAACGUUAUGAUACAUCACAGAGAAGUACUUGAAAAGCUAUUGCCUCACACGAACUUGGAAAGGCUUUCCAUUUAUGGAUAUGGAGGUACUUCAUUUCCCUAUUGGUUAGGGGAUCAUUCAUUCUGUAACAUAGUUUCUAUAAAACUUAAAAAUUGUAGAUGUUGCAACAGUUUGCCACCGCUAGGACAGCUACCCUCCCUCAAAACUCUGGAAAUUGAGGGACUUAGUGGAGUGGUGACUGUUGGUGCUGAGUUUAAAGGGAAUAUUGGUGGUUCUUCCAUAACAAAGCCAUUUGCAUCACUCGAAUUCUUAAGUUUCAGAGGCAUGUCAGCCUGGAAAGAGUGGUCUUCAAUUGGAGUUGAAGAUGGUGAGGUUUUUACUAAGCUCAAAAAACUCCAUAUAAAUCAAUGUAAAAAGCUACGUUUUGUUGAUUGGCCAGACAGCCUUCCAUGUUUAACAGAGCUUGAAAUUGAAGAUUAUGGAAGUGAGUUGGCUCUUGAAUCGUCACUCCCAAGGACUCCGGCUCUUGAUAAAUUGAGGUUAGGCGUGUGUGAAAAACUACGACUAGAGGAACUGCCACAGACAGUGGAAUCAAUUCAUAUCGGAGGAAAUAAUGGUUUAGAGUCACUAAUUGAGGCAUUUAACAAAGGCCAAACCUCUUUUCUUAAGAAAUUGCAUAUUCGAAAUUGUCGUUUAGCAAUUACACUCAUUCCUGAAUGCCUGCCCGCUACCUUGACAGAACUAGAAAUCAUUGAUUGUAAGAAAUUAGAAUUCCCAAUGCAAUGCUCACUCAAGAACUCAUCCAUUCGAAGAGUUCAAAUCUGGCGUUCUUGUGAUUCACUUAGAUUCUUCCCUCUGGAUUUCGCUCCCAACCUCAUCAGCCUCAGCAUUUGGAAUUGUGAAAAUCUCGAAUCUCUAGGAGUCUCCUCAGAUGGGGAUGGGAUGCUAACAUCUCUAUCUGAGAUUUAUAUUGGUGGUUGCCCCAACUUUGUAUCUUUCCCUAAAGGCGGAUUGCGUGCCCCCAACCUGACUACACUUAGAGUUGAAGAUUGCAAGAAAUUAAAGAAGCUACCUGAGCAAAUGAGGAACCUCCUCCCAUUUUUGAACAUCUUGGGGAUCAAUAAUUGUCCAAAGUUGGAGUCAUUACCUGAAGGCGGUCUACCCUCUAAUCUGGAUACACUUGAGGUUUGGAACUGUCCGAAACUCAUAGCACAGCGAAUGAAGUGGAAUUUGCAUGCACACCAAGCUCUUAAGAAAUUUACAAUUGGUGGUGAAUGUGAAGGAGGAGGUGUGGAAUUGUUUCCGGAGGAGGGUUUGCUGCCCUCCACUCUUUCCUCUCUCUGUAUCGGAAAUUUUCCGCAUCUUAAAAGGCUGGACAUAAAGGGAAUUCAACAAUUCACGUCUCUCGAAGGUCUACAGAUCUAUGGGUGCCCUCAGUUGGAAAAGCUGCCACAACAAGGUUUGCCUACCUCUCUUAAAGUUUUAGAAAUUGCUAAAUGUCCACUCCUCGAACGGUGCCAAAGGGAAGACUGGAACACCAUUUCUCACAUCCCCUACAUUACGAUCGAUGAUCGGCGCAUUCGGCAGUUAUCAGCAUCACACUCCGCGCAUGACUCGUAGAAUUGGAGAAAUUGCGCCUGUUUUCUGAAACAAGGGUGAAAUAAAUCAACGGAGUGACUUCUGUUACGGUUCCACAUUUUUCUUUAUAAUUUCUUUUUCUGUUCCCUGAUCUUUUUUACAUGUUGAAGUGUAAACUUUCAAGCAUAAGAGGCUGUGAACAUAUUUUGAAA